AUGGCUUCCUCCGAUCUCGAAGCUGCCACCGCGCUGAAGGUGCAGGGAAACAAGGCUUUCGCCGAGCACGAAUGGCCUACGGCAGUGGACUUCUACACCCAGGCGAUCGAGAAAUAUGAUCGCGAACCCUCGUUCUUCAGUAACCGGGCCCAGUGCCAUAUCAAACUCGAGGCCUAUGGCUUUGCGGUGGCGGAUGCUACCAAGGCCUUAGAAUUGGACCCCUCCUACACCAAGGCCUACUGGAGACGAGCCCUUGCGAACACCGCCAUCCUAAACUACCGCGAUGCUCUAAGAGACUUCAAGGCCGUUGUGAAGAGGGAGCCGAAUAACCGCGAUGCGAAGAUCAAGUUGACGGAUUGCGAGAAACUCGUGCGUCGGGUGCAGUUCGAGAAGGCCAUUGAAGUCGGAGACCCGCCGUCGGCCUUUGAGAACCUGGAUAUUGAUUCGAUGGCGGUGGACGCCAGCUACGACGGUGUGCGAUUGGAAAACGAGAUGACGCAGGAAUUCAUCGACGACAUGAUUGAACGGUUCAAGAACGGCAAGAAGAUCCACCGCAAGUACGCUUUCCAGAUCAUCAAGGCCGUCAAGGAUAUCGUGUACGCCGAGCCCACAAUGGUCGAGAUUGGCGUGGACCAGGGCAAGCGGUUGACGGUUUGCGGUGACACCCACGGCCAGUUCUUUGACCUGCUGGAGAUCUUCCGGUUGAACGGCUACCCAACCGAUACCCACGCCUACCUCUUCAACGGCGACUUCGUGGAUCGUGGGUCGUGGUCCACGGAGAUUGCCUUGCUCCUGUACGCCUACAAGUGGCUGCGGCCCAACGGCAUCUUUUUGAACCGCGGAAACCACGAGACGGACGACAUGAACAAGGUCUACGGCUUCGAGGGCGAGUGCAAGGCCAAGUACAACGAGACGGUCUUCAAGGUGUUCUCCGAGUCGUUCUCCGCCCUACCGCUGGCCACCUUGAUCGGCAACAAGUAUCUGGUUCUGCAUGGCGGUCUCUUCUCCGACGACAAGACCACCCUGGACGACAUCCGGAAGUUGAACCGCCACAACCAGCGACAGCCUGGCCAGCAGGGUCUGAUGAUGGAGAUGCUGUGGACCGACCCCCAGACGGAGCCUGGCCGCGGACCCAGCAAGCGUGGUGUCGGUCUUCAGUUCGGACCCGACGUCACGAAGCGAUUCUGCGAGAACAACGGGCUGGAAGCGAUCAUCCGUUCCCACGAGGUUCGUAUGGACGGUUACGAGGUCGAGCACGACGGCCGCUGCAUCACCGUGUUCUCUGCUCCCAAAUACUGCGACACCACGGAGAACAAGGGUGCCUUCAUCAAGAUCGGACCGGAGCUCAAGCUGGAAUACCAGGUGUUUGAGGCGGUGCCUCAUCCGGAUAUCAAGCCGAUGGCGUACGUGCAAAACUCGAUCAUGUCCAUGAUGUGA